AUGACGACUCUCAACGUCAAGACGGGGCCUAUGCUCCGAUAUGACACCGUCGAUCUCAACCAGUACAUCUACCAUGCUUUUGCCAUGAUCGUCACCGAGGAUGCUACCAGUGACUACUCGAUCACACCUAACAUGCAGCUCAGGUGGCAGAAAGCUACGGCCCUCUCGGCAGCCACCGCAGAUGGCUCCACCACUGUCUCGGAGGACAACUCGAGCAAGCAGUCUCAAGCCAUCAAGCUCUACCAGUACCACGGCGCUCAGGGCUCUUUCACUUUCUGGCGUUUCAAGAUCGAGAUUCCUUUGGCUGAUCACGAGCUCGCUGUGCACUACUCGAUCGAUGGCGAAGCGCAUCCCACCUCUCAGUCCGAGGCUAUCAAGGGUAUGACUGGACACACCUUCUUCCUUCCCGCCAAGUCGCAGAACUUCCGAUGGGCUGGUCACAGUUGCAACGGCUUCAGUGCCAGCGUCGACGAGUCCGAUUUCAACGGCCCCAACCCUCUCUGGGACGACCUGCUCAAGGCGCACGCCUCCAAGCCAUACCAUGCCCUCAUUGGCGGCGGUGAUCAGAUCUACUGUGACAAGCUCGUCCGUGAGCCCGAGAUGCAAGACUGGAACAACCAAACCGACUCUAAGAAGCGUAUGGCUCACCCUUUGACCGACGAAAUCCGCAAUUGCAUCGACCGAUACAUGUUCAACCACUACUGCGAAUGGUUCGGCGGUGGCUCUUUCGCCAAAACCAUCGCACAGGUCCCCAUGAUUAACAUGCUUGACGACCACGACUUGAUCGACGGUUUCGGCACUUAUCCUGACGAGCUCAUGCGUGCACCUGUUUUCAACCACGUUGGCAGCCGAGGAUACUUCUUCUUCCUCCUCUUCCAGCUUUUCAUUAACGACGAGAUUGAUGGUGUCAGCGAGACCUCGCAUCCUAACAGGAGUAUGAUUAUUGGUGGUAAUGGAGAGUACAUUCCUUUCCGCAACCAUAGUUUGUUGGCUUACCUUGGGCCCAAGCAGUGGAUCUUGCUUGCUGAUUGCCGAUCCGAGCGCAAGAUCGAUCAGAUUUGCAGUAAGCCCACCUACCAACGUCUCUUUGAUGCCGUUCGCAACUUGCCGCCUGGUGUCGAGCACCUUAUCAUCCUGCUUGGUGUUCCUCUGGCUUACCCACGCAUGGUCUUCUUGGAGCGCGCACUUUCGAGCUCCAUAAACCCAUUUGUUAUGCUUGCUAAAGGUCUCUCCCCCGGCUUCACCAACAACUUCAACGGCCAAGUCGAACUUCUUGAUGACUUGGGUGACCACUGGUGUGCAGGUCCACACAAGCAUGAGCGCAACUGGCUUGUCGAGCGAGUUCAAGAGAUUUCACUCGAGAAACAUCUGCGAGUCUCAUACAUCAGUGGAGAUGUGCACGCUGCCGGUGUCGGUGUUUUCUUCGGUUACCAUCAGCACGAUCCCAGUUUGGACCCCAAGUAUUCGCUCGCUGUGAUCACUUCGGCGAUUGUCAACACUCCUCCUCCACCUGCGGUCAUUUCGAUGCUCAAUAAGUUGGCUAGUAAGAAGCAUCGUUCGUUGUUCUACUGUGGUACUAAGGAAACGAUGGUUCCGCUAUUUGAGACGGAUUUGGAGGGGAAGGCGCAGAAAGACAAGUACAUUAUCGGAGCACGCAACUGGUGUUCAGUCGAGUACCACCAGGAAACGGCAGAGCUCGAGUUCGAUAUUCGCGUUGAGAAGGUCAGGGGUGGUGGUGAGACAAAGUCGUAUGCUGUCAAGGCUCCAGCUCCCCGUUGGGACAUUGCUAAACAGCACCACCAUCUUUUGCACUCGAAGAAUUUCGAUAAGGAGAUCAGCAUGCUCACGGGUCAACCCAUUGCCAACUAA